CGCCGUUUUGGGGAGGAAAGUCUUGUGGUACUUUGUGUGUUGAAUAUUGCCAACAAGGAUGAGGAAAGGACCACCAACACAAGAAACUAUUGUUAAGUAAACAUCGGCAUCAUUACAGAAUGAGGUUCUGUCGGCUGUUUCGCCAAGUUCAGCAUGUGGGGGCAAGGAGUCUGGUCAUUGGGCUGCUUUCUUAUGCUAAUUCCAGUCUAGUUGCCGGCAUUUCAACUUCUUGUGCCAAUAAUGCCCGUAAAAGGACCAGCCAGUACAGUACAGUGGACACAGAGAAGUACUCUUCCCUUGUUCAGUCAGUAGUGUCUUCAAGAACCAGUUCCCAAACUCCUGCAAGCCUUGAGGAGGAAGAUGGUCAUAUUUAUGGUCCAGUUGUUAAAUCGAAGCCUGCGACUGAGCGAUCUGCACCAAAAGCUCCAAAGAACCCAGUUCCGCUCCUGAACCAUGCCAAGAUAUUGGACCUGACAUCGGAAGCAGACUCGGGACCCCCAACCCGUAUCCCACUACAGAGGGGCCCAGGCAAAUCCAGUGCCCCAAGCGUAACCCGCAUUCUGCAACAAACCAUGUCCCCGGAGCAGGCCUUUUACCUGGAGAGAUGGAGGAAAAUGAUGAUUGCCCAACUUGGAGAGGAGGGCUUCAAAGAAUACUCUUUAAAUCUUUUCAGGCAAGGGAAGCAGUUCCACAUGGCCCUGGAGGCCAUUUUCAUGUCAGAGGAAGUGCCGGCCACGGAUACAGAGCCCUCGGAGUUGGUGGCAGGGUACAUUGAGAGCGUCCAGCAUGUGCUGGAAGACAUCAGCGGGGUUAGGGCCAUCGAGAGUGCUGUACAGCAUCAGUCCCUGAACUACCUGGGGAUGGUGGACUGUGUGGCGCAAUACAGGGGAAAGCUCUGUGUGAUUGACUGGAAGACCUCAGAGAAGCCCAAACCGUUCCUUCACAACACAUAUGACAACCCCCUACAAGUUGCUGCUUAUAUUGGGGCCUUAAACAGUGAUGAGCAUUAUGAUUACCAGGUAGAGAGCGGGUUGAUUGUUGUGGCCUACAAAGAUGGCUCACCAGCUCACCCUCAUUUCAUGACCUCUGACCUCUGUCUAGAGUACUGGACUAAAUGGCUGAUUAGAUUGGAGGACUUUAUGGAGAGGAAGUGA